UAGAUAAUAAAUUGCAGAAGGGGCAUGUCACGUUAAGCAAUUUCAAAUUGAUCCCUGCCCUAAAUCUCAGCCCUUUUCGAAACUGGAUUACGCCGUCGACGUCGAUCGGAAGCUGCCCCCGCCCACCUCUGCGUUCUUCCGUCCCCAAUCCGACGUCUUCCGGCUCCGGCGUAUGUCCUGAUUAAUUUCAGCAGUGUCUCGUUUUCUAGGUCGGGCGGGGGAGGUUAGGUGAGGUGUGAUCUUAGGGUUUUCUGUAAUCUUUCGAUUACAUAUCGAUAAUGGCUCGUAGGCAUCACACUGAUUCCAGUAGCGGAGAGGAUGAGAGGCGCGUGAGUAGGCGUAGACGUAGCGAGAGUUUGGACGAGGACAAGAGAAAGAGGAGGGGUACGGAUAGUGAUUCAGAGAGCGAAGCAUCGGAGCAAAGAGAAAUCAGGCGCGACGAUAGGGAGAGGAGGAGAGAUAGGAAUGAUGACGAGAGGCGAGAGAAGGCGGAGAGAAGAAGGGGCGAAAAUGGGGGCAACGGAAGUAGGGAUUUGGAUCGUGAUAGGGAUUCUGAUGGAGAUGGUAGGGGGCGGCGAGAUGAUGAUAAUCAACGGGGUCGGGAGAGCAGGAAAAACGAGAGGAAAUUGAGGGAUGGCGAGGAUGACAAUGGCGACUACAGACACGUUGAGCGAAGGAGGCGGAGAGAUUACAGUGACAGCGAUGAGGAUGAUAGAAUUGGCAUCAAAGAUGGGAAGGGGGAGAGAAGUAGGGAUAGGGAGAGGGAGAGGGAGAGAGACAGGGAGAAGAGGGAUAAUGAGAGAGACAGAUAUAGGGAUAGGGAUUCCAGGACUGAUAGGUGGGAAAGAAGCCGGAGAAAUGAAGGGAAGCAUAAGGACGAUGAUGAAGAAGAGGAGGAGGAAGGGGAGUACAGAAGCAAUAGGGAUCAUCGUAGAAACGAGCAGCAGCGGAGGGAUAGAGAUAGAGAACGAGAACGAGACAGAAGACGGGACAAGGAUGGUGGGGAUAAAGAAAAGAGGAGAAGAGAUACAGAAAAGAAUGAGAGUGAUAUGAAAGGAAAUGGGAAGGAAGAAAAUGGUGCUCCUGCAGUACGGAACGCCGGCGGGGAUGUGCCAGUGGAUCCAAUUGCUAACAAGGGGAGGAGCGGCGGGGUGUAUAUUCCGCCAUUUAAGUUGGCGAGAAUGAUGAAAGAUAUCCAGGACAAAAGUAGUGUUGAAUAUCAAAGAAUGACUUGGGAUGCUCUGAGGAAGAGUAUCAACGGGCUGGUGAACAAAGUGAAUGCUAACAAUAUCAAGAAUAUAAUUCCGGAGCUGUUUGCGGAGAAUCUGAUUCGAGGAAGGGGUUUGUUCUGCAGAUCAUGUAUGAAGUCUCAAAUGGCUUCUCCUGCUUUUACAGAUGUGUUUGCUGCAUUGGUUUCUGUGGUGAACACUAAAUUCCCGGAGAUUGGCGAUCUUCUGUUGCGGAGAAUAAUAUUGCAGCUUCAGAGGGCAUACAAGCGCAAUGAUAAGCAUCAACUAAUUGCUGCAGUCAAAUUUAUUGCUCACUUGGUGAACCAACAAGUAGUUCAUGAGCUGAUUGCUCUUGAGCUUUUGACAUUGCUUUUAGAGAAACCGACUGAUGAUAGUGUUGAAGUGGCUGUUGAGUUUGUUACAGAAUGUGGAUCCAUUCUCCAGGAUCUUUCUCCUCGAGGAUUGCAUGGUAUAUUCGAAAGAUUUCGUGGAAUUCUUCAUGAAGGAGAAAUUGAUAAGCGUGUUCAGUUCUUAAUUGAAGGCCUCUUUGCAUUGCGGAAAGCAAAAUUUCAGGGGCGUGGUGCUGUUCGACCUGAGUUGGAUCUAGUGGAACCAGAGGACCAAUUAACCCAUGAAGUCUCUCUUCUUGAUGAGAUAGAUCCUGAGAUCACGUUAGAUAUCUUUAAGGCAGAUCCCCAAUACCUAGAGAAUGAGAAGCGGUAUGAAGAAUUGAAGAAGCAAAUAUUGGGUGAAGAAUCUGAUGAUGAGGCAGAUUCAGGGUCAGAUGAGGAUCAGGAGGACGAGGAUGAGGAUGAUGAAGAAUCCGAUGAAGAGGAUGAAGAACAGAUGAAAAUAAAGGAUGAAACAGAGACAAAUUUAGUCAAUCUUCGAAGAACCAUCUAUUUGACAAUCAUGUCAAGUGUUGACUUUGAAGAAGCUGGUCAUAAACUCUUGAAGAUCAAACUGGAGCCAGGCCAGGAGAUGGAGCUCUGCAUCAUGUUGUUGGAGUGUUGCUCUCAGGAGAGAACUUACCUUCGCUAUUAUGGGCUGCUUGGGCAGCGGUUUUGUAUGAUAAACAAAGUUCAUCAGGAGAACUUUGAGAAAUGUUUUGUCCAACAAUAUUCCAUGAUCCACCGACUCGAGACCAAUAAACUGCGGAAUGUGGCCAAGUUCUUUGCUCACUUACUUGGCACGGAUGCAUUGCCUUGGCAUGUUUUGGCUUACAUACGAUUGACCGAAGAGGACACAACGUCUUCUUCCCGUAUUUUCAUUAAGAUCCUCUUUCAGGAACUGUCCGAGCACCUGGGAAUUCGCUUGCUCAAUGAACGUCUCAGCGAUCCUACGAUGCAAGAUUCUUUUGAUUCUAUUUUCCCCAAGGACAACCCGAAGAACACAAGGUUUGCUAUUAACUUCUUCACUUCAAUCGGGCUCGGUGGGAUCACGGAAAACCUCCGGGAGUAUCUCAAGAACAUGCCGAGAUUGAUAAUGCAGCAGCAGAAGGCUGUCCCCGAGUCUGAUUCAGACAGUUCCGGUUCAGAUUCCGAUGGAUCUGGAUCGGAAUCAGAAUCUGAAUCAUCGAGCUCGAGCGACAGCGAGGAUGACAAGAGGAGGAAGAAGAAAAAGAGGCGACAAAAUUGAGGAUGGGCAGCAACAUUUGUAUCCACAGCUUUGCAUUCAAUCUUGUGAUUAUAGUGCAAUGUAUUUCUUUAUAUGCUUAAAUUUCCUUAUCAAAUGCACUUAAGGCUUUGUUCUAAGUUCUUAUGCAGGUGUUGUUUCUUGUUGCUUUACUUUUUGAUUUAUUACCCAAAUUUUGUGCCUUUUUGUUUUGUCUAAUAUAUAUAAUUGCAAUUCAUAUA